AGAUGGAGGGAGAGCCGUUGAAGAAAGAAAGGCUCCCUACAUUUUCUUUCCCAACAUUUUCCAAGAAAAGGACAAGUUCAGGACGGAGGACCGGAAGAAGACUGGUAGGGAAGAGCUUGGCCAUGAAAGUUAGCUGAGCUUAAUUACCUCUGAAACACGGAUAGAGAAGAAAAACAGACAGAACCACCGCCACAUACUGAAGGGAAGAAAAGAAAGACACAAAGGUAAAACAGAGAGGGAUAGGCAUUCAUGAAAAAGUAGGACAAGGGAGAAGAGGGAAGAAUUUUCUUGUAACAAAAGGGAAGGAUACGAGAGGUAAAGGCAGAUACAGUUUUGCAGAAAUUGGUUCGGAAAAGAAGAAGAUAUUAGAGAGAGAGAGAGAGAGAGAGAGAGAGAGAGAGAGAGAGAGAGAGAGAGAGAGAUCAUGGUAGAGAUGAUGGAGAUAAUGGAGCUGAAGAAGAGGGAUAUAUAUGAAGAUGUGGUGAUAAUAGGGGGUUUGAUUGGGGUGCAAUUUGUAUAUGCAGGGAACUCUGUAUUGCUAAGUUAUCUUAUGUCUAAUGGAAUCAGACCUCUCACCAUUGUUAUUUUCUCUGCCUUCUCCACCUUCCUCAUCAUCUCUCCCAUUGCCACUUAUUUCGAAAGGAGCAGGUGGCCCAAGAAAUUCAGCUUCAAGUUAAUAACACAGCUGCUUUUGAUCUCUUUUGGAGGGGUAACAUUAUUCCAGACCCUAUUUCUGAAGGGGAUAAAGCUAACUUCAGCAGCAGCUGCAACCGCCAUGCCAAACCUUGCUCCAGGCUUUAUCUUUGUCAUUGCAUGGACUUUCAGACUGGAGAAGGUAAAACUUAGCUGCUUGUACAGCAAAGUCAAGAUUAUAGGCACGUUGCUCUGCGUUGUGGGUGCUCUCGCAAUGAGCAUAAUGCACAGCAGCGGGGUUACAGCAAGGGAGGCUGAACUAAAACAUCCCUUACCUGAUGUUGCCUUCGAUACACAGAAGAUCAUAGGCUGCCUCUACCUCGUUGCAGCAGUUUUGGCUUUAUCCAGCAAUGUUGUAUUGCAGGCUAAAACAUUGAGUGAUUUUCCAGCACCAAUGUCCUUGUGUGCAAUAACAUCCUUGAUGGGUAUGGUUAUGACUGCAGUUGUCCAACUAAUUCAAGAUCACAGAAUUGAUAUUGGUUGGCCACUUGUGAAUAUCAAAGACUUGAUUGCCUUUUCUCUACUGGGAGGUUUUGUGAGUGGAGUAUGUGUAAGCUUCAAUGGAUGGGCAAUGAAAAAAAGGGGGCCAGUCUUUGUUUCCACGUUUAGUCCCAUUAGUACAGUCUGCUCAGUCAUUCUCUCGGUGGCUUCCUUAGGAGACACCAUUAAUAUUGGAAGCCUUAUUGGUAUGUUCCUUAUGUUCAUCGGCCUUUACUUUGUGCUUUGGGCUAAAGGGAAGGAAGGUUACUAUGCAGCAGAUGACAUAGAAAGUGAGUUCAAUGCAAAGAAGCCUCUCCUCUCUUAAGUUAGUAUGUCAUCAGCAAAUGUGUAAUUUUGCUCAUCUUUAGAUGUAGAAGGAAAAUGGAAAGUAAGUUAGAAAGACAACAGUAUUUUUGAAGAUUUCUAAUUAAUGUAAACAACAGUAUCUUUCCAGAAA